AUGACCGAGUGGGCCAAGAGUUUUGAACAGCGAAGUUUAACCGGUAGUAAACCUCGCCUUGCCUUUUCGAUUGAUAGUAUUUUGGGAAGAAAUGAUGAACCCGCGCUCCUUCCAGCGCAGCAUGUUCGAACAGAGGCAAAUGAAGAAGAGCGUAGGUCUUGUGAAUCAGCUCCGGUAGUCACCGAAGGCUGUAAAAGCAUUGCCCAGUUGCCCUGGUUGUCUUAUACACGUUACUCACCCCCUAAACUUCCAAGUAAGUAUAAUUCACUCACUGCUAUUUUGAAAGUUAGAUAUGAAUUACUAGAUGUUUGCACUUAGACUGAACACAAACUUCGACAUCGCCCAAUUGAAGUUUAACGUUGUGCGGUUUACUGUUUGACUGAGAGCCAUGAUUUUACUUUCACAUAUUUUGCCUGGGUGCAGAUAGCAGGUAGCGUAGAGUCGGCGUUUCCCGAAGAGAAUCUUGCGACUACCUUUAGCUGAAGGUCGUCCCUCUCUAAAAACGCUUACGUGGACAGCUAACCUCAGUAGUCGUUUUUAACUAAUUUUCUUUCGUUCCUACCUUUAAAAAGAACUUGUGAGGUGAUAAUCAUAAAUUUAUUCGAUAAUUAUUAUCUAUAAAGCAGUCAUGUUUUUAAUGUUCCAGUAAUCUAUUUUAAUGAAUUUAACAUCACUUAUCCACUAGAAGCAAUUUAACCCUUCUACUCCCCAAGAGCGGCCAAUGACAAAAAAUCCACAUGUUUUUAAAAUUUCAUAAGAAAUAAUUCGUACUAUAGAACAGUUCUGCUAAAGAGGUUUCCUUUGAACGGUAACACCAUAAGCUUUCGAUGACAGAUUUUAAGGAGUAGCGAUCCUGCCAUAAGUUGGUCUAGGUUUAGUAUUUUGUAGCAUGACUUUCCGAAUGGACUAAACACUAGAGAGGAAGUUCUCCAUGACAACAGCUUUGGGGAAGAAAAUAAGUGGUCUUUUUUAGGGAGGUUAAUCCUUUCACUCUCAAAAGUGGAAAAGUCAAAUUUCAACAAAAAACUGCAAAUUUUAUGAUGUAAAUGCUGAAAAACAAAUAGCACCAUGCGAUAUUACUGCCAGAGAGAUUUUAUUUGAAAUGUUACACCUCAGGAUUUCGUCGACAGACUCAAAAGUUAGAAACACGUUACAAGAUUCCAGCAUUUACUGUGGGAGUGAAAGUGUUAAAACAACUGUGACUGUACCCGCCUCGAUAAGAAAAAAUUGCCCCUGGAAAAGUUACGGUCAGUAGGGUUCGAUUGUAGUAAGUAACACAUAACUUUUACUUUCAAGUCUAAACGCCAUGUAUGAUAUACCCCGUAAUAUAAAAGGCCCUAAUUUUCUGAAUUACUUAGGGUCGAAAAGAAAGGCAAAGAACUGUAAGCGUCGAUCAAGUGGCAGCCCCAGAGUGCCUUUUUCCUCUGCCCAGCUGAUAACUUUGGAACAAACAUACACAGAAAAUCGCUACCUCUCUGGACCACAGGUUGCUGAGCUGGGAGCCAGCUUGAAACUUCCACAUCACCGUAUAAAGAUAUGGUUUCAAAAUCGCCGUGCAAGAGAGAAGAGAAACCAAGAGGACACUCCAGUGAGAGCCAAGUCGGAAGAGUGCUCAGCACAACAGCACCAAUUUGACUACUCGCAUAACACGCCCUAUUGUAUUCCUUUACUCUCGCUGGGUACAAGCUUUCCUCUGAACUAUUUUGCGUUGCAGAAUUAUUACACUUCACACAGCAAUUUUCGCAGCAGAUGUGUAAACUUUGACGUUUAUGGUCGGUGUGAAUGUACGGAUUCUUAG